CUCCUAGGAGUCCGCGAUCAAUGGCCGAGUGUCCGCGCUCGCCGACGCACGUGUGACGGCUACUACGACUGUGACGGUGCACCGGGAUGCCGUUAGUGUAGUGUUGUGGCUGCAUGCACUUGAGUGUCGUGGAGAGGUGCGCCUUCGAGCUGGAUCAUCCCGGAGGGUUCGCGUCAUCGCCCUGGGCGGCCGUCUUGGGGCACCACCACACGGCAGCCGCCGCCGCCGCCGCGGCCGCUGCCGGGACCAUGAUGCAGACCGCCGGCGACCACCACGGCUACGGCGCCGCGCACCACCCGGCCGCCCCCAUGGACCUACACAUGCCCCAAGCCUUUCCCUACUACCGGUACAGGGAAGAAGCGCUGUGCUGGACAGAGCGGAAACCGACAGUCGACGAUGUUGGAAAUCCGUCAUCGGUCAACGCGCGAAGCGGCUUUACCAAUUUCAACAUCCUUGAACUUAGGAAAGAAAAAAGCAGAGAUGCGGCGCGAUCGAGGAGAGGAAAAGAAAAUUUCGAGUUUUAUGAAUUAGCCAAAAUGCUUCCGCUUCCCGCCGCCAUCACCUCACAGUUAGACAAAGCUAGUAUCAUUCGACUCACCAUUUCCUACCUGAAACUUAGGGACUUCUCAGGACACGGCGACCCUCCAUGGAGUCGGGAUGGACCGCCGCCUAACAAAACGCUAAAAGCUGGAAGGAGUCGAUCUGCGGCGGGGGUGGCGAUGGAUAUUUUCGAGCAACAUCAAGGCACGCACAUACUUCAGUCUUUGGAUGGAUUUGCGUUGGCUUUGGCAGCGGACGGUAGAUUUUUGUACAUUUCGGAGACCGUCUCGAUAUACCUCGGUCUUUCUCAGGUGGAAAUGACCGGCAGCAGCGUCUUCGAUUACAUCCACCACUUGGAUCAUUCCGAAAUGGCCGAACAGCUGGGCCUGGGACUCGCCCAAGGGCAGAAUUUGGCCUCGCCCGGGAGCGGUUCCGAAGAAAGCGCCUCCACAGCAGGUACCAAUAAUCCAGACGUUUCGACGGUCAUGUCAAUCGGUACGAACCCUCCCUUCAAAGGCUUAGAUCGGGCUUUCUGCGUCAGGAUGAAGUCGACGCUAACCAAAAGGGGCUGCCACUUCAAAUCGUCGGGAUAUAGGGUCGUCUUGAUGUUGUGUCGGCUGCGACCGCAGUAUACGUUCUCUCAUUCUCGAAAAUCACAGCCGCCGCUCCUAGGAAUGGUCGCUUUAGCCAUCGCACUACCGCCUCCCAGCGUACACGAAAUUCGAUUAGAAUCUGACAUGUUUGUAACUAGAAUCAACUUCGACUUUAGAAUAGCACACUGCGAACCGAAAGUUUCCGAUAUGUUAGACUACACCGCUGAGGAAUUAACCGGUAGAAAUUUAUAUACCCUGUGCCAUGGUGAAGAUGCCAAUAAAUUAAGAAAAUGUCAUAUCGACUUGAUACACAAAGGACAAGUGUUAACCCAUUAUUACCGACUAAUGAACAAAAGCGGGGGAUACACAUGGAUGCAGACGUGCGCUACAGUAGUAUGCAAUUCAAAAAACGCAGACGAACAAAAUAUUAUUUGUGUAAAUUAUGUAAUAAGCGGUCGAGAAUACGAAAACAUGAUCAUGGACUGCUGUCAAAUGGAGGACAAUACUCACAUGGUGAAGCGGGAGGAGGCCAGCAGUAACGACCCCGAGAACGGCUCGCCCGACGCCGAUCGUGGAGAUGGCCGGAACAGCGGAGGCCCGCCCAACCCGCCCCAAGACGCCACGCAGAAUCUGGAGGACGGCGCGAGCACGGCCCCCGGCGGCGGCACCGGCGGGGCCAUCGAAGAGACGGGGGAGCUCCGCAGCCGGCGGCUGGAGCACGUCCCGGUGUCGCAGCUACAGAGCACGCCCGCAGACCAUCAGAGGAAGCCGGUCUCGGCGCGGCGGCCCUCGAAGCGCAAGAACGCCUCGUCGGACGACGAUGAAGAGGAGGAGCAGUCGCCGGCCCACAGGAACACGGCGAUGAGCCCGGCCUCGUCGUGCCACUCGAUGAGCGCGCACCCGGUCACGUCGGACUCCUCGGGCACCAGUCCGAAGAACCUGGAGGAGGGCGGGGGCGGCGGCACCUCGGUGAAGGACCUCGAGAACGCGAUGUCGAAGCACCUGCCGUCGUGCAAGUCGCCGCCGCACCAGCCCACCGACUUCAGUACCGACGCGCUGCUCAAGCAGCAGCAGCGCACCACGAUACAGUGGAUCGGCGCCCACCACCAGCAGCUGCAGCAGCAGGGGCCGCUGCCCGCCUCCGCCCUCCUCCGGCAGCUCUACGCGAACAGGGAGAGCGUGAUCCGGGCUAACGUUCACGGUAUUACGAGUUCGACGAGUCGCUCGAGCAGUUCGACCGGGUACUACCCGGGGGACGGACAAGUGGGCGUGGGCCCUCUGCCCACUCCUCCCGGCAGUGAGGGCUCGUCUUCGUACAGUGAACACCAAUUUCUUUUGUCGCAACACCAAAACUACCCGACUAGUUACUCGAUGGACUAUCACUCAGCAAUGACGCCUCCGUCCAGCGUUUCUCCGCGUGACAAACAUCAGCAGUUGCACGGAGGGGUUCCUUUCGACACUCCUGUGCCGUACCAAGACGUACUACGUCAUCAGUACCCGGAUAGUCCGCUGCCCCUCAAACCGCAGGUCUACUCGUACGUGGAACAGCCCCAGUUUUACCACCACGGCGCGGCUAGCGCCGGAUUCCAUCUAUACCACCCCGGGAAGAGUACCCCCGCCGCUCCCGCCAACUGGUACUCCCCUUCAUAGUGUAAAUACGGACUCGCAGUGAAUUUGACUAUGUUCCUUAUAUAAUUUAUGUGAACGAUUUAUAAUUGUUAAUACUAAUGUGGUACUAUUAUUUUUACUGCUAGUGUAAUAUUAGUACUGUUAUUGUAUUUUUUAAAUGCAAACAAAUAUGAAAUGUAGUCGGCAAAUUAACGAAAGUGCUCGUUUAACUAUUUUUAAACCAAAGAAAAUAAUAUAAAAUGACAUGAUCCAGUUCUGUUCGAAACGCAAACCGAAUCUAACACUCUAACAUAUCAAAUAUGUUAAGACUUUUUAGUUUCACUAUAUUAUUUUUUCUACUUUCAUCAUGUUAUUUCGUAUUAUUUACCAUCUACAGUGUCAUUGUCACAAUUGUUUUGUGAAUUUAUUUAUUAAGAUUUAUUAUAUCGGAGUUCCGUAACCGUACUUUUUGCCGCAUUAAAAUUAACACAACUUAAAGAUUAAUAAUGUGUCUACAAAAUAAAAUGACUCCUAUAUAGUAAAUGUGUUGUAUAAUUUGAGAAUGCUGAUGGUACAGCAUACCAACUGGUAUAUUAUACUAUGUACAUAAUUUUUAGAUAGCUGUAUGUAUAUUACUCUUUUGUUGGGCAUUGGUGACAGUAUUUUGGGCUAUUUACAUUGAAAAGAAACACUUACUCUUAAACGAGGCAAAACAGAUCAUAUCUACAUUCCAAUUUUUGAUCACGAAAUAAUCAAAUUUCUGAAGAUGUGAGUGUUUAAAAACAAUGCAUUAAUAUUUACGAUCACGAAAAGGUGCUGACAAUGUAGGAAUGUGAUAUUCUCUUUAAUUUGUUAAUUUUUCUUGUUCCAGAUGUUAGAAUUAGUUGUGUUAUGUUGUCACAUGGUGUUCAGUACAAAUUUAAUAUGUGAAUUAAUAUGAGAGCUUCAUGGAUAUGUAGCAACAUAUUUAUGUGCAAUAUAUACUUAAUUCAAAUUUUGUUUAAUAAAUUACCUUCACAAUUUAGUUAAAUGUGUAAUUUGUGACUGCUCAAAUUUGUUUUAUAUUUUUUAUUUUCUCAAUAAAUUCUAGCCAUUUUGUUUCUACGAACCAAAUUUUGUAUUUUCAUUUAAUUCAAAGUUAGUAGUGACGAAAUACCCAUGUAUGUAAAGGUCAAAAUCCAUUAACCCGUUGUUAGCUUACGUAGUAAUAAUUAAAAAUUCUACCUCGACACUUAUUGUUCACACUUUCACCUUACAUUUUCA